AUGCCCGACCCGACUUUUGCCACCCUCAACGACCAGAUCGCCCACCUGAACUCCAUUCUCACCUCCUUUGCCGCUUCUCACAUCUCUCUGCUCACCGACCUCGGAAACACAGCCACAAUCUGCCAGACUCACCUCGCCAGAUUGGUCAAAGUACCGCUCACCCGAGACAGGAGAAAGGCAUUGGCCGAUCUUGCCGAAAUGGUCUGCAACUUGUUCGCCAAGGACGUCGAACGGGGACUUUCGUCCUCACGAUCGGAGAAGGAGAGGGAUAGGAUGAGAGCUAUCCGCAACACGAGCAAGAAGGCACUACCGCCCUUCCUCGAAGCGAAUAGGUUGUUGGACGAGGCGCUGAACGUGCUUCAGAGCAUCACUGCAUCUGGCUGGGAACUGCGUGAGAGGGCAUCAUUCGACUAG